AAUUCUGGAAUUCUUGUUUAUUAUUCAGUUAAACCCAUUUGAAGUGAAGUCUUUUAAUUUGCAUUCACAGUAUUGCUAAUAUGACAGAUCUUCAAUUAAUACACGGACAAUAAAACAUCCGUCUCUCGCGCGCCUCUUCAGUGGUGACAUCACCAGUCAGAGUUGCAUCCGGAGCUGUUGAAGAGCUGUUGUUAUUCCUGCUGUGAAGCCGCGAGGAGUGUGUGUGUGUGUGUGUGUGUGUGUGUGUGUGUGUGUGAGUCUCUCCCUGUGCACGCGUCACGAGCGGCGGAGCUCGCGGGAUGGACGCGUCGGCGCGGCGCUGAGCGGCUCCGGGAUGCGGCGGUGUGCGACGCUUCUGAUCAUCGCGCUGACGGCGGGUGCGAGCGUGGCACUGCAGAUCCAGUGCUAUCAGUGUGAAGAUGUUCGGCAGGAUGACUGCUCCUCACCAGAGUUCAUUGUUAACUGCACCGUCAACGUGCAGGACAUGUGUCAGAAGGAAGUGCUGGUCAUGGAGGACGGGAUUCACUACAGGAAGUCGUGUGCGUCGUCAGGGGCGUGUCUGAUCGCGUCGUCGGGGUAUCAGCAGUUCUGCACGGGGAAGCUGAACUCUGUCUGCAUCACCUGCUGCAACACAGCGCUCUGCAACGGCCCACGACACAAGAGAAGAGCGGCAUCCCACACCUGCAGACCCUCCAUCAGCCUCUACACCAGCCCACUGCUCAGCCUCAUGCUGCUCUACCUGUGCUCACACUGA